AUGGCCAUAUCUCAACAUCUCAGAUCAGUCCAUACACAUGGAGAUAAUAAUAAUAUUCCAAUUCCUCCUCACCUCGAUUCUCUCACUAAUUCCACCACAUCAUUUGGUGCGAAAAGUAUUCCUGGUGGUUUUAUUAAUGGUAAGGUUAAUGUUAAUGGUAAUGUUAAUUUUAAUACUCAAAGACAAGGACAAGGACAAGGACAAAGUGCUGCUUCGUCGUUUGAGGGGGAUUGGAGGAUGGUGGUGGUUGUGGGAGUUGUGUUGGGGUUGGUAGGGGAGUGCGAAAUGGAAAAUGGGUUUGCUUUUUGUGGUUUGGUGACGGGGAUGGAUGGGUAUAGAUGGUUUGGGGGAUUGGUAUGGUGUUGGGUUUGA